CUCAAACAACCUAGAUAUCUUUCUCUUUUCUCUCAGACUCUCAACACUUAUACUCCUUUUCUUAUCAUAACUUUUUCUCUACCUUCUGAUCCAAUGGCAGUCCCUGUGAUUGAUUUCUCAAAGCUGAAUGGGGAAGAAAGGGCCAAAACUAUGGCACAGAUUGCUAAUGGGUGUGAAGAAUGGGGAUUCUUCCAGUUGAUCAAUCAUGGCAUUCCAGAGGAACUUCUUGAGAGGGUGAAGAAGGUUUCCUCUGAGUUCUAUAAGCUGGAAAGAGAGGAGAACUUCAAGAACUCCACAACAGUGAAACUUCUAAAUGAUAUAGCUGAAAAGAAAAGCAGUGAAAAGUUGGAGAAUGUGGAUUGGGAGGAUGUUAUCACUCUCCUGGAUAAUAACGAAUGGCCGGAAAAUACACCAUGUUUCAGGGAAACCAUGUUAGAAUAUCGGUCUGAGUUAAAGAAACUGGCAGAGAAUAUCAUGGAAGUGAUGGAUGAGAAUCUGGGCUUACCAAAAGGAUACAUCAAGAAGGCACUGAAUGAUGGAGAUGAAGACAAUGCUUUCUUUGGCACUAAGGUCAGCCACUACCCACCCUGCCCCUAUCCAGAACUUGUGAACGGUCUGCGGGCUCACACUGAUGCAGGAGGUGUCAUCCUACUGUUCCAAGAUGAUAAGGUGGGUGGCCUUCAAAUGCUCAAAGAUGGGGAAUGGAUUGAUGUCCAACCUUUGCCAAAUGCCAUUGUCAUCAACACUGGUGAUCAGAUUGAGGUCCUGACCAAUGGCAGAUACAAGAGCUGUUGGCACAGGGUUCUGACCUCUACAGAUGGGAACAGGAGAUCAAUUGCAUCCUUCUAUAACCCACCACUCAAGGCCACCAUAAGUCCUGCACCACAAUUGGCAGAAAAAGAAAACCAACAAGUGGAUGACACUUAUCCUAAAUUCGUCUUCGGUGACUACAUGUCUGUCUAUGCUGAACAGAAGUUUCUCCCCAAGGAACCAAGGUUUAAAGCUGUUAAAGCCAUUUGAAACAAGCACUUCCUUUAAAGUCUUUUAUUUUGUUUACGGGCCUUUGUUGUAUAAGACAUGGUUGACAAUAGCAAAGAAUACCACAUGGUUGUCAUUCUCUUCAUAAUAAUGAGAACCAUUGUGGGUAUUAGUAUUUUGGUUUUAUUUUUAGAAUAUUUAUCUUUAUGUUUAAAUGUCAUGGUGGGAGAUUGUAAUAUUGUAUGCAUCCAUCUGGGCUUGCUUUGUAUAAUAGUACUGUUACAUAAAUUCUACUCUGAA